AUGAUCGCCCACCGCCCGGCCGUCGGCGGCAUCCCGUCCGGCCCUGAGCGUCGCCUCAUCCACUCGUCGCACCGCAAGUCGUCCACCUUGCCCGCCGAGCUGCCUCCGGGCCCAGCUCUCCCCCCUCCGCAGCCCACUCUGGAGCCUUCGCGCGCGCCCCUCUCUCUCCUGCCCUUGAGCAUGAUCCUGCGCAGCCUCGGUACCACCCUCGUGUCGUCGUCGCCGCUGCUGCUGGCGCCCUCGCUGCGCAUCAUGGCGGUCCUCGCCCAUUCGGCCAGCGCGCUGCUCAACCCGGACCGCAACCCACUGCUGCGCUUCUUCAUCAAGCGUACCUUUUACGCCCAGUUCUGCGCUGGCGAGGACGGCGCCGAGGUCCGCGACACCAUCGCCCGCCUCAAGGGCAUCGGCUUCAACGGCGUCAUUCUCGGCUAUGCGAAGGAGGUCGUCCUGACCGACAAGCAGGCUGGCCAGCUCGAGGGCGCCAAGCUGGGCGAGGAGACUCAGACCGUCAUCGACAACGAGAUUGUCCCCUGGGCGGAAGGCACUCUUGAGACGGUGCGACUGGCGGAACCGGGCGACUUUGUCGCUCUCAAAUUCACCGGUGCAGGACGCCUUGCCCUCCACCAGCUGUCCCACCGCCUCCCGGCGACGCCGUACCUCAGCAAGUCAAUCGACUCCAUCUGCCAGCUUGCCCACGAGCGUGGCGUUCGGCUGCUGUUCGACGCCGAGCAGGACCGCCUGCAGGAUGGCAUUGACGACUGGACCAUGGAGUUUGCGCGCAAGUACAACACGACGCCAGGCCGCGCCACCAUCUUCGGCACCUACCAGGCGUACAAGAAGUGCGCACCCGCCGUGCUGUCGCGCCACCUCACCGAAGCCCAGCAGGGCAACUUCACCCUCGGCGUCAAGCUCGUCCGCGGGGCCUACCUGGGUUCCGACCCGCGCGACCGCUUCUUCGACACCAAGGCCGACACUGACGCCUGCUACGACGGCAUUGCCGCCAGCGUCCUCACCCGCCAGUGGAACGGCGUCCUCGAGGGCAAGGGCGAGUUCCCCGAGGCCAGCCUCGUCCUCGCCACCCACAACGCAGAGUCGGUCCGACGUGCCCGCGCCAUCGUCGAUGCCGGUGUCGCCAAGUCGGAAAUUGCCUGCGCCCAGCUGCAGGGCAUGGCCGAUGAGAUCAGCUGCGAGCUUGUCGACCUUGCCGGCCAGGGCACGGCGGUCCCCGUCUACAAGUAUCUCGUCUGGGGCACCACGGGAGAGUGCAUGAAGUACCUGCUGCGUCGCGCACAGGAGAACAAGGACGCCGUCGCGCGCACCCGGAGUGGCCGCGACGCCAUGUGGGCCGAGGUCGUGCGCCGGGUCAGGAACACGUUUCGCUUUGCGUAA